GCAGUGCUCAAGCACGGACCCCGCCGCUCCCUUUAGAGGUGAUGGGGCUGAUGGUGGCAGUACAAUGCUUGGCUGGUUCUGUUGGCCCCAUAGACACUGAAUGGAGUGGACCACAAGAUCUCAGGUCUCCCACCAGUCUCUACCUCCUCUUAAUAAAAAGGAAAUGGUCACUCGGCCAAUCACAGUAAAGCGUUGGAAUAGGACUGAUAGGGGAUCCGUCUCCUUGAAGAAUGGUGGGAUAUGACCCUGGCUCAGAGGGUCUUCUUUCUACGACUGAAGUGGCGGCCGCAGGUUCUCUUUCUGGACUGUUCACAAGGGCGGCCAUAAGCCCCCUGGAUGUCAUUAAAAUUCGCUUCCAGCUUCAAAUUGAAGAUCUGAGAGGCCGGGGCAAGUACAGGGGCAUUCUCCAUGCUGUCAGGGUGAUCCUGAAGGAGGAAGGCUUACCUGGAUUCUGGAAGGGACAUGUCCCGGCUCAGCUCUUGUCUGUGUGUUACGGGGCCGUACAGUUUGCAACCUUUGAGGUGUUAACUAAAACAAUUCACACUUCCACCUCUCUUGAUGCCCGUGCUCCAGUAGUGCACUUUUUUUGUGGCGGGCUGGCCGCCUGCUCAGCGACCCUGACCGUCCAGCCUUUGGACACCCUGAGGACACGUUUUGCAGCCCAAGGAGAGCCCAAGGUGUAUAGGACCUUGCGCUAUGCCGUCGUCACUAUGUACAGGACAGAAGGAGUAUUCACCUUCUACCGUGGCCUCUUUCCCACCUUGCUGGCUGUUUUCCCGUAUGCCGGUCUUCAGUUCUCCUCCUACAAUUUAUUACAGAGAAUCUGGAAUUGGCUGCUACUUAGCAACCGGGAUAAAAGAGACAAGCUAAAGAGCCUCCUGUGCGGCAGCGGAGCCGGAGUGAUCAGUAAAACCGUUACGUAUCCACUUGAUCUCUUCAAGAAAAGACUUCAGGUCGGAGGUUUUGAGCAGGCGAGAGCGGCCUUUGGGGAGGUCAGGACCUACCAAGGGCUUGUGGACUGUGCUUGCCGUAUCCAGAAAGAAGAAGGUCUUAGAGGCUUUUAUAAGGGACUGUCUCCAAGUUUGUUGAAAGCUGCUGUCUCAACCGGACUCACCUUCUUCAGCUACGAGAUGUUCUGCAGUAUGUUCAGGAGCAUGAAAAAGACAAAAGAUAAUCUAAAAAGGCCAAUCUAGGGGAUAACCCCCACCACACACUCACUCCGCCAUGUACCUCAUGUGCUGUUAUUUUUUAUUUUAUCCAUGGACAACCAGAUGCACCUCAUUCAGGUAACUCCGUUGAGAGGAAAAGUUUGUACAAAGCAGGUCUUGAUUCUAGUCUUUUACUAAAAGGAGGAAAGAAAACCAUUGUGUUAUGUAUGUACAUUAUGACAUUAUUAUUAGGUAUACUAUAGUAUAUAACAUAGUUUUAUAUUUAUGUGUGGUCUUCAGUACUAUUUCAGGUAUUUAUUACAGUGGGUGCCAAUUCUCUGCCCUAACAAUAAGGCUUGGGCAACAUUGUGCGACAUGAAUUGCCUCGACAUCACAUCUAAUGAUUGUCAGUGUAGUCACGUUAGGGCACUCCCAAAAAUCCAAACCUAAGGAAUGUUUGGAUGCCAGCAGUGGCUCGAUAGUUAAAGUGGUUUUCCACAAAUAAGAUAUUGAUGUCCUGUCCUAAGGAUAGGUCAUCAAUGUCAGAUUGGUGGGGGGCUGACACCUGGUACCACCACUGAU